AUGAAUAUUUUUUCUCACCACAAUGCAGGAACAACUGAAGAAAAAGGACAGGAUGCUAGACGAACAAUUCUUUCUGGCACUAAUUUAAUUGGUGAUAUUUGUAAAACGACACUUGGUCCGAAGGGAAUGUUGAAAAUUUUAAAAAGUGAAGGAAAAAGUCAAAAUAUAACUAACGACGGUGCUUUUAUUCUUAAAAAUUUACAGAUUGAUAGCGCCGCUGCUCGAAUUUUGAUAAAUGCCAGCAUUGGACAAGAUUGGGAAGAAGGAGAUGGUACUACAACAGUGUCGGUUCUGUCUAGUAUAAUUAUUAAUGAAAUUUCAAAACUGAAAAUUCAUCCUAUUAAAAUUAUUCGAGGCCUAAGAUUGGCACAAGAACGAUGUGAAAAGGUGUUAGAAAAAAUAUCUGUUACGCCAUCUAGUAGCGAUAUUAAGUCGUUAAUAAAGACAACACUAUGUUCUAAAGUUUUGAAAUAUGAUCUUGAAAAAUUUUCGGAUAUGUGUAUUCAGGCGGUAGAAAACUUAGAAAACAAGACAGAUCUUAAUCUAAUACAAAUUAUUAAAUGUCCGGGUAAGUUAGAGGAUUCAUAUCUCGACGACGGGUUUAUUUUAAAUAAAGAAUGUGUCAUUACUCCUAUGAAAAAUCCUAAAAUUUUAGUAGCUAAUACAAGUCUUGAUCAGGACAAAAUUAAAGUAUUUGGAGCAAAAAUUAGUGUUAACAGUGUACAAGAUUUAGCUGAAAUGGAAAAAAUUGAACGAGAAAAAAUGAUGAAUAAGAUAGAAAGUAUUUGUCAGAAUGGUGUAAAUUGUUUUAUUAAUAGACAGCUCAUUUAUGAUUUUCCAAUGCAACUUUUAAGAACGAGAAAUGUUCAACCUAUUGAACAUGCAGAUUUUGAUGGUAUUGAAAGAUUAAAUAACGUUUUAGGAGGAAAAAUUAUUUCUACUUUUGAUAAAAUUGAUGAAUCCUGCUACGGAACGUGCGAGGAAAUAAAGAAUGUUGUUGUCGGCGGCAAAAAAGUUAUAAAAUUUUCCGGUAUUAAAAAAGGAGCCAGUACUUUAGUUUUGUAUGGAUCGUCCAAAGAAAUGCUUGAUGAAGCCGAAAGAAGCAUUCAUGAUGCACUUUGUGUGCUUUUAAAAAUAAAACAGACACCUAAGAUUGUGUAUGGAGGAGGAUCUUGUGAAAUGGCUAUGGCAGUAGAAUUAUCGAAGUAUGCUCUUGAAAUCUCAGGUGUAGAAAGUGAAGCAAUCACUGCUUUUUCUAAUGCUUUACAACAAAUUCCUGUAAUUUUAUCAGAAAAUGGCGGAUUUAAUGGAAUUGAACUUAAGAGUCAACUUAGAGUAAAGCAUAAUUCUGGGUUAAGUAGCUUUGGUAUAAAUCUAAAUAAAGGAGAAAUCUGCUGUAUGAAAGAAGCUUCUGUCAUUGAUAGUUACCGAAUAAAAAAACGUGUAAUAUCAGCCUCUUCUGAAGUUGCACAGAUGAUUAUUAAAUGUGAUGGAAUAGUUAAGUGUAAACCAAGAGAACGUACAAGACAUUAA